GUUGCUGCAGUCGGUCAGGUAGAGCUGAGCCGUGCCGUACCGGCGCCGCAGCCAUUAUGGCGGAGGCGUGGGACGAGAUUCGGCGGUUGGCAGCCGACUUCCAGAGGGCGCAAUUCGCCGAGACCACGCAGAGAUUAUCAGAACGGAACUGCAUUGAAAUUGUGACUAAAUUAAUUGCUCAGAAGCAGUUAGAUGUGGUGCAUACACUUGAUGGUAAAGAAUAUAUUACUCCUGCUCAGAUAACUAGAGAAAUGAGGGAUGAACUUCAUGUUCGUGGUGGUCGAGUAAACAUUGUUGACCUACAGCAGGUAAUUAAUGUGGAUUUGACUCACAUUGAAAACAGAAUUAGUGACAUCAUUAAGUCAGAGAAAAAUGUUCAAGUCGUAUUAGGACAGCUGAUAGAUGAGAACUAUUUGGAUCACUUAGCAGAAGAAGUAAAUGACAAACUACAAGAAACAGGUCAAGUGCCCAUAUCAGAACUUUGUAAAACCUAUGAUCUUCCAGGAAAUUUUUUGACACAGGCACUGUCCCAACGUCUAGGUAAAAUUAUCAGUGGGCAAAUAGACCUUGACAAUGGAGGAGUGAUUUUUACUGAGGCAUUUGUGACUCGACAUAAGGCACGCAUACGUGGCCUCUUUAGUGCUAUUACCCGUCCUACUCCGGUAAUUUCUUUGAUUUCCCGCUAUGGAUUUCAGGAGCAACUGCUUUAUUCUGUGCUUGAGGAACUUGUUAAUAGUGGACGCUUAAAAGGUGCAGUAGUUGGAGGAAGACAAGAUAAAGCUGUAUUUAUUCCUGAUAUAUAUUCCAGAACACAAAGCAACUGGGUGGAUUCCUUUUUUAGGCAAAAUGGCUAUCUAGAAUUUGAUGCUUUAUCCAGACUUGGGAUCCCAGAUGCUGUGAGCUACAUAAAGAAAAGAUACAAGACAACACAGCUCUUGUUUUUGAAAGCUGCUUGUGUUGGUCAAGGAAUUGUAGACCAGGUCGAAGCUUCAGUAGAUGAAGCCAUCAGCUCUGGUUCCUGGGUGGAUAUUUUGCCACUACUGCCUAGUUCUUUAUCAGUAGAAGACGCUGGAAUGUUGCUUCAGCAAGUGAUGAGAACAUUUAGCAAACACCCAUCAGCCAUGGUCUUUAAUGAUACUGUUGUAGUUAGUGAAAAGUUUAUAAAUAACUGUACAGAAUUGUUCAGUGGAUUGAUGCACCUGAAAGCUGAAAAGGAAAUGAAGAAUAAUCCUGUUCAUUUAAUCACUGAAGAAGAUUUGAAACAGUCUCCUUUCCUAGAAAGUGUCAGUUCAAGUAAAAAAGAUAAAAAAGAUGAACGACGAAGAAAAGCAACAGAGGGCAGUGGAAGUGUUCGAGGAAGUGGUGUUGGAAAUGCCAGAGAGUUCAAAAUUAAAAAGACUAAGAAGAAAGGAAGAAAAGAUGAUGAUAGUGAUGAUGAGACUCAGUCAUCAAACACUGGUAGGAAAAAGUCUGAGAUCACAUUCAUGUCAGUGGAAGAAAUUGAAGAUGUUUUAAAGAAACACAUACAAGAUGGGCCUGAAGAAUUUGUUACAGAACUUGCUGAACAUUUAACAAGAUACCUCAAUAGAAGUUAUCUGGAAGUGGUACGUUCAGUCUUUAUGUCUUCAACUUCUUCUGCAUCUGGAGCUAGUAGAAAACGCACCAUCAAAGAUUUACAAGAUGAGGUGUCAAAUCUAUACAACAAUAUUAGAUUAUUUGAAAAAGGAACAAAGUUUUUUACAGAUGAUGCCCAAACCAACCUUGCCAAGCACUUGUUGAAGACUGUUUGUACAGAUAUCACUAAUCUUAUUUUCAACUUCUUAGCUGCUGAUUUAAUGAUGGCAGUAGAAGAUCCUACUACCCUAACAAGUGAGAUAAGAAAAAAGAUUUUAGGUAAACUGUCAGAAGAAACUAAAGGUCCUCUCACAAAGCUUCAUAACUCUCUGAAUGAAAAAAGCUUAGAAGACUUUCUUUCUUUUUUGGACUCUGCAGCUGAUGCUUGUGAUAUUAUGGUGAAGAAGGGAGACAAAAAAAAAGAAAGACAAGUAUUGUUCCAACACAGACAAGCACUAAUUGAACAGCUGAAAGUUACAGAAGACCCAGCUCUUAUCCUUCACCUUACAUCAGUUCUGUUGUUUCAGUUCUCAACUCAUUGUAUGCUUCAUGCACCUGGGCGAUGUGUACCACAAAUCAUUGCUUUCCUAAGCAAUAAAAUGCCAGAGGAUCAGCAUUCUCUUCUGGUCAGAUACCAAGGCCUAGUCGUGAAGCAGCUGGUUAAUCAAAAUAAGAAAACGGGGCAAGGAGAUGACCAAUUGAUUAACCAAGUAGGCAAAGAGCAUGAAGAUGCUAAUAAUGCCAUUCGAAAGGAACUUCAGGAAAUUUCUACAUCUAUCAAGGACCUUGUCCUCAAAUCCAGAAAAUCUUCUGUAACAGAGGAGUAAUGAUUUUAAUUUAAUUUGAAGUUUUUCAUGUAGUCAGAAUUAUUUUUUUAAAAGAAAUGAUUAUAAAACACUUGUCAGUUGAGUGUUUUAGCAAUGCCUUUUACAACCACUUCUUUUUUGAGAAGCUGUGUGAAAUCUCUUGUACCAGCAAGUAUAUAGUCUAUUUUUAUCCCAGUCUCCUCCUGGUUAUGAGAUGUCCCUGUUUUUGAAAUACAUUAUCCAAAUUUCUCUUUUAACAUUAUAGCUAGAAGUUAUGAUUUGCAAGUUUAUCAGUGUCUUUUCAAAUUCUGACUGAAUAAUCUCUUUUCUUAUGUCUUUUGUUUCUUGUAAAGCCAUAAUGCUAGAUUACAAGUGACAUUUGCAGUUUCCAGUCAUUGUAAGUAGUAUAUGCAAAUUUAAAAUGUGUCCUUUUAAUGCUAGGGAUUUCUUUUGGGGGUGGGGGGGGUUAACUUCUUGGUGUUAACAAUGAGGAUUUUCUGUUAUCAUUAUUAUUAUUAUUAUUAUUAUUGUUGUUGUUGUUGUUGUUUGAUUUACAAUUGAUAACAUCUCAGACUCAAAAGCCAAAACUACUAAAUUUUGAUUGCGUUUUUAGACCAAUAUCUUUGUUUAACAAUUGCAGGAUCUUAUGUCUCUUCCAUGAAUGAAAAUUUGAGUAAAUGCAGGAGUAGUAAAGGUGUCCUUGUACUGCUUGCUGUGUUCUGUCCUCAAAGACAAGCUGCUGCCUACAGGGUGGAGUGGAGUAGAGAGAGCAGGGAGGAGUAAGAAGCCGAGUCAAUGUUGGUAGAUCCUGGUUACCAGUCUCAUUUGUUCAUAAUAUAGUCUUGGUGUCAUUAAACUAUUAUUUAUCAAAUCAGCAAUAAUUUGUAAAAAAAAAAUUGGUACAGUUUGUAGCCACAAAUGUCAUAUUAAAUUCUUAGAAGUAUAAAUUUGCUUACAUUAAUGUUUAUUUUGAAAUCUAAUGGUUGUGUGAAUCAUUCAAAUCAACCCCAUAGUUUGCUGGACAGCUAUGUUCUUGAGAGGGAUUAAUAUUUACAUAUAUUUUCUCAAUAGAAUUUAAUCAUUUUGACUACUUUAUAGGACUUAAUGGUAAAACUAAAUCACAUACCAUAGUUACUUAGCAUUUUCCAAUCAGCCUGAUUUCAUCUCUUAAAAAAUGUUAUGAAAACAAUAACUAGACUUUCUCUUACUCCAUCUUAAUCCAAUUAUUAGUAAGGUAAAAAGCAGUUGGUACAGUUACUGACAGAGCCUACAAACUUAUAAUCUAUUGAUAAUAUUGACUAGAAACUAUAAUUCAAAGUAAGGGAUAUCUUCAUAUAGCCAAUAGAAAAAUACCAACUCCUUUGUGCUCACAAAUAUUACAUAUUUGUUUACAUUUUGGUUUAUUCAGCAUCAAAAAGAACUUCAUUUUAAGUUAAAACGUUAAGUUUUUAAAUGGGCACUAAAAAUAAUCUUUCCAGGUGAGCAUAUGAAGUACAUCUGUGAGUGUCAAGUGAUGAGAUUAUUGUCUUUGACACAGUAAAAGACUUAGAAGCAAAAGAAAGAACAGGAUUUUUACUACCUAAACUUUAUUCAUUUCAAACUGUGAUCCCAGCUUGGCAUCAGAAUAGUUUUGAUUUUCCCCACAAUAAACAAAAAUGUCAUUUUUGUUACAUUGAUCUGGUUUUUGUAAAUAAAAUCUGACAUUAUGUAUUCAGAUAUAAAAUAUUUUAAUAAAAUUGAAAGGAUAAGUGUUUAA